ACGGCGGCGGCGGCAGCGCUCCAGCUCCUCCUCGCUCCGGGCUCCGCCGUCGAGCCGGGAGAGCGCCUCCGCCAGCGGCCAGGCACCGGGCCGGACCACGCCAGCGACCCGGGCCCCUCGGCGGCACCGCGCGCACCCAGGGGCGGCACCGGCAUCUACAGCCGAACUCCACGAUGGGAGGCAAGCUGAGCAAGAAGAAGAAGGGCUACAAUGUGAACGACGAGAAAGCCAAGGACAAGGACAAGAAGGCUGAGGGCGCGGGCACCGAGGAGGAGGGGACCCCGAAGGAGAGCGAGCCCCAGGCGGCCUCCGAGCCCGCGGAGGCCAAGGAGACGGCGGCGGAGGAGAAGCCGGCCAAGGGCGCGGCGGACGCCGAGGCCAAGGCCGCCGAGCCCGAGGGCGACCCGGCCAAGGCCAAGGAGGAGGCGCCCAAGGCGGAGCCCGAGAAGACGGAGGGCGCGGCGGAGGCGCAGCCCGAGAAGCCCGCGGCGCCCGAGCAGGAGGCGGCCGGCCCCGGUCCCGCGGCGGGCGGCGAGGCCCCCAAAGCCGGCGGGGGCGGCGGCGAGGCGGGCGCGGAGAGCACGGCGGCGGCCGCCGCGCCCGGGGAGGGCGGCGCGGGCCAGGAGGAAGGGGAACCCAAAAAGACUGAGGCUCCCGCCGCCCCGGCCGCCCAGGAAACGAAAAGUGACGGGGGGGCCCCCGCCUCAGACUCAAAACCCAGCGGCGCCGACGCCGCCCCCAAGGAGCCCCCCGCAGCCGCCACCGAAGCGCCCAGUUCCACAGUCAAGGCGCCCGCGCCCGCGCCCCCCGCGCCCGAGGAGCCCAAAGCCGCCGACGCGCCCGCCGCCAACGCCGCCGCCGAGCAGAGCGUGGCGGUGAAGGAGUGACCGGGACAGCCUGGGGUCCCCCCCCCCGCCCCCCUCCGCCCUCCCCCCAUCCCCGCCCC